AUGCGAAGAAGAAUAAGCACCAGCUGCCAAAACUGCUGCUUGCGCUGCAGCACGGGGGGCCUGGGCUACAUCGGCAGCCACACGGCGCUGCAGCUGCUGGCCGCCGGCGCGGAAGUUUUGCUGGCCGACAACUUCGCCAACUCCGCGCCUGCAGUCGAAGACAGACUCCGCAGCGUUUCCCGCGCCUCCCAGCAGCAGCUCAGGGUCCUCAGGCUGGACUUGAGGGACAAAGACAAAGUGAUGCGGCUUUUCAAAGAGGAGAAAAUCGACGCCGUUAUUCACUACGCAGGUGAGAAGGCCCCACGCACUUUGCUUCUCAGCAGCGCGCCUUCCUCUCCAGCUGCUGCUGCUCCUGCUCCUGCUGCUGCUGCUGCUGCAGCUCUGAAGUCUGUCGGGGAGUCCGUGCAGAUGCCUUUGAUGUACUACGAGAACAACGUCGGCGGCACCUGCAACCUGCUGCAGGCGAUGGAGGCCAGCGGCGUGAAGACUCUGGUGUUCUCGUCUUCAGCAACAGUUUACGCGGCGAAGCCAAAAAUGCAAAUAAACGAAAAAGACCCUUUGGGGCCUUCGAAUCCCUACGGCCACUCCAAAGCCUUCAUAGAACAAAUCCUUAAAGACGUGCACGCGGCGGACAGCAGCUGGCGCGUCUCAAUCCUGAGGUACUUCAACCCCGUGGGGGCCCACCCCAGCGGGCUGCUGGGGGAGGCCCCGCAGCAGCCAAACAAUUUGCUGCCAGUGCUGCAGCAAGUUGCUGCAGGGCAGCAGCAGCUGCUGCAGGUCUUCGGCAGCGACUGGGACACCCCCGACGGCACGGGCGUGCGGGAUUACCUGCAUGUGGACGAUUUGGCCGCUGGGCAUUUGGCGGCGCUGCGGAAGCUGCUGGAGGCGCCUGGGGGUCUUUUGAUGAUUCACAAUUUGGGGACAGGCGUCGGCCACUCCGUCUUGGAACUCAAAAGCCUCUUCGAAGAAGCCUCGGGAAGAAAAAUUCCCUUCAAAGUUGUGGGCCGAAGACCCGGCGACCUGGCCUACGUGGUGGCGGACCCGUCGCUGGCGGAGAAGGAGCUCGGCUGGCGCGCGGAGAGGAGCAUUCGGUGGGUUUUUUUGGACAAAAGAAAUUAA